GACACGGAAAUAACCCACCGCUUUAAUUUGAAAAUCCUGAGCCGGAAGUGACUCGCGCUGCUCUCUGGGUCCAGUCGGGAGUUUUUGUUGGAAGCAGAAUCGCGCAGAGUCUCGGAGAAAGAAAUCAGGAAAGGAGCAUCUUCCUCCUCCUCAUCAUCAUUGGUCAUGGCUGGAGCUCUGAGGAUGACGGAAGCUCCGUUCAUGAACUACGACAGUGAAAUGAUUUCUAACUUCUUGCCGUACGACUUCACCCCGAUGGACAUAAAGAUGGAGCCGUACGUGAAGGAGACAGCUCAUGGUCCGUACAUCCAGAUCAUCGAGGAACCCAAACAGAGAGGGUUCCGCUUCCGUUAUGAGUGUGAGGGUCCGUCCCACGGCGGGCUCCCAGGGGCCUCCAGCGAGAAGAACCGCAGAACCUACCCAACCGUGAAGAUCAACAACUAUGUGGGUCACGCACGGGUGGAGGUCCAGCUGGUGACCCACACCGACCCGCCCCGGGUCCACGCCCACAGCCUGGUGGGACGCCACUGCAACGAGAACGGAACCUGUACGCUGGACAUCGGACCCAACGACCUCACCGCCUCGUUCAGUAACCUGGGCAUCCUCCAUGUGACCAAGAGGGGCGUGGUGGAGGUGCUGACCAAGCGUCUGAGGGAGGAGCGGCGGCGGCAGAAAGGGAUCCACUGCUCCCUGACAGACGGCGAGGAGUCGGACGUCCUGAAGGAGGCCAAGGAGCUGGGGAAGGCCAUGGACCUGAACAUCGUCCGCCUGCGUUUCACCGCCUACCUGCAGGACAGCAACGGCGGCUUCACCAGGGCGCUGAAACACGUGGUGUCCAACCCCAUCUACGACAGCAAGUCUCCAAACGCCUCCAACCUGAAGAUCUCCCGCAUGGAUCGGACCUGCGGUUCCGUCCUGGGAGGAGACGAGGUUUUCCUGCUGUGUGACAAAGUGCAGAAAGAUGACAUAGAGAUCCGGUUCUACGAGGAGGACGAGGAGGGGUGCUGGGAGGCGUUCGGGGACUUCUCACCCACCGACGUUCACAAACAGUACGCCAUCGUGUUCAAAACGCCGCCCUACCACAGCGCCGAGAUCGACCGGCCCGUCACCGUCUUCCUGCAGCUCAGGAGGAAGAAGGCCGGCGACAGCAGCGACCCCAAACAGUUCACCUACAUCCCUCAGAUCCAAGACAAAGAGGAGGUGCUGAGGAAGAAGCAGAAGCCUCUGCCUCACUACGACUCCUGGAGAGGAGGAGGAAGAGGACGAGAUGGAGGAGCAGGAACCGGUGGCUUUGGAGGAGCUGCAGGAGGAGCAGGGUUCCAGUUCCAGCAGAUGAAUGGUGGAACAGGAGGCGGAGCUUUCUUCACAGGAGGCUUCACAGGGUUCAGCUCAGGGGGAGGAGCCCAGAUGUCAGGCUCCGCGCCCCAGCAGCAGGGGGAGGCUCUGCAGCAGCAGCUGAUCCGGAUCGCCGCCAGCCUCAGUAACCGGGUCUCCCAGAGCGCCCGGCAGACGGCCGCCGCCCUGCUGCAGUACUGCAGCACCGGGGACCCCCGCGUCCUGCUGGCCCUGCAGAGACACCUGUGCGGCGUCCAGGACAACAACGGAGACACGCCGCUGCACCUGGCCAUCAUCCACCAGCAGAGCUCAGUCACCCAGCAGCUGAUCCAGACGCUGCUGAGCAGCCAGCAGAACGCCGUCCUCAACACCUGCAACCACCUGCAGCAGACCCCCCUACACCUGGCCGUCAUCACGCGGCAGCUGAAGGUGACGGAGAUGCUGCUGAGGGCGGGGGCUGACCCCAGCUCUGUGGACAAAGAUGGUCGCAGCCCUCUUCACCUGGCGGCGCUGGCCGGAGACACCGCCUCACUCCGCCUCCUGCUGGCUCACCUGAGAGAACGCCAUGCCCACCUGGUGAACACGCCCGACUACCACGGUCUGCCGCCGCUGCACCUGGCGGUCAGGAGGGACGGCGAGCGCUGCCUCCGCCUGCUGGUGGAGAGCGGAGCCAAGAUCAACGCCCCCGAGCAGAAGAGCGGGAACACGGCGCUGCACCUGGCCGUCAGAGAGAACCUGUUCAAGGUGGCGUGCACGCUCAUCACCGAGCUGAAGGCUGACGUUAACGCCUGCACCUUCGGAGGAAACACGCCGCUGCACCUGGCAGCCAGCCUGGGCUCGCCGACGCUCUGCUCCAUGCUGGUGGCUGCAGGUGCCGAUAAGAACAUGGAGAACGACGAGCCGCUCUGCUUCAGCUCCUCGGAUGAAGAGCAGGACGAACCAAUCAGAGAGCGAGGAGAGCGCAGCCAGCCAACCAGCAAGAGGCCUGGGGGAGGACACACCCCUCUGGACCUGGCUACCUGUCAGAAGGUGAAGAACCUGCUGAAUUCCAGACAGAGCCAAGAGGCGUCUCGACACGCUGGCAAGAAGAUCCGGACCAGCAGUGAAGACGCGGAGCGCUCCGGGCUGGACGAGGACACCCUGUCCCGGUUAGUUGAGGUCCUGAGUGUCGGAGACGUUCCCUGGAUGAAGCUGGCCGAGAAGCUGGGAAUGAUGACGCUGACCCACCUGUACCAGGACAGCCCCACCCCCUGCCAGAACCUGCUGCAGCACUACAAGCUGGGUGGAGGUCCGGUGGAAGGUCUGGUUGAUGCUCUGCAGUCUCUGGGUCUGACUGAAGGAGUCCGACUGCUGAGGAACACGGAGCAGCGACACGACAAACUCGCCUCAGACGCCACGGUGGACAGCGGCUUCAGCAGCCAGCCAAUGGAGGAGCAGCAGGAGGAGGAGGUGACCAAUCAGUGAACGAGGAUUGUCCAUUAGUUUCCUUCAGCCAGUUUUUUCUGCUGCCGGAGAAAUAUCUGCUGCGAAUCGUGGCAAAACACUGCAAAGAGCUGCGAAAUGAGAGACGUGUUUCUAAAACGCUUGGACAAUUUAACCCGUCAUCAUCAUCAUCAUCGUCGUCAUGAUAAAAGGAUGGAAUAAUUGACCAGAAACGAACUGUUUCUGUGUGUCUCUGACUUUAAUUUAUAUUUUCUGUCCUUCGGUUCGUCCGUCUUCAGUCUGACUGAUGC